AUGAUGACGCCACUUGAAAUGUGUCUUAUUUGUCAGCGACCAGCUAAUUCAUUAAAUUACGGAGUUCUUUCCUGUGACGCUUGCAAAAUAUUUUUUCGCAGAAUAAUUUUUGGGAAACCAGUGAAAUUUUGCGCGAAUAUCGGAAAUCCUACUGUUGAGGAAUUGGCACGAUCAUUUGGACCCAUUCAGUUUCUUCCAAAACUCGAAAAUCGUCAACCAGAUUCUAUCCAAUGGGGAAAUUUGGCUGCUCUCACAACCAUAGACUACAUGAAAAAGUUCAAUUUUAUGGGUGUUUUGGAUGUGGAAGAUCGAAUUGUUCUCAUCAAAAACUCUUUCACAGACUUUGAUAUGUUAUCAAAUGCAAGAAGAUCUUUUGAUUUGAAAAAAGCGGAAUCUGCAUUUCCCGAUGGAUCCGACAUUUUUGUGAAAAUAGACCAUGAUAUUUGUAACAAUUUGGAGAAUAAAAUAAGAUGUCGACUGAUUGGAAGAUUUUGUGAUCUGAAGAUUGCUGCUGAGGAAUUUUUAAUUCUCACUUGCAUUUUCUUUUGUAACCCUGGUGAGUUUCAUUACCUAUUUUCAGCUCAUCCGAAUCUUUCUCUAUCUGGAAGAAAGAUACUCAACACAUAUCAGAAGAUCUACACAUCUUGUCUCCUACAAUAUUCAUUUCUCAAUUAUCAACAGAAUGCUCCAUCUCGGCUCACUGAUUUGUUUUCCCUUUAUCAUUCAGUCAAAAAAGCACACGAAGAGAUUCAAACCCAUUUCUUUUUUUGUAAAACUAAAAUGCCCAACUUACCGUUCAAAGACUCUUUGCACACGAACCUUGAUUUUUUCUAA